AUGGAACCGAUUGCGGUCAUUGGACGCGUCCACGCGCUGGACGACAAGAGUGGCGGCGAUCACACCGUGGGGCUGGGUGUGUGUGAAUCCACUGUCACGUGGAUCCAUCACGCCGAAGAAAAGCAGUUUGUGCUCAACCACAUCGUCGACGCUUCCGAGUCUCCGUCCUGUGUCGUGGGCGGGGACAUGAUCGCAGCCGCGGCUGCCGGCAUCAACACUGCCGUGUUGGCCAUUGGACAGCAAGGCUCGGGCAAGUCCACCACUCUCUUUGACCCUGAUGGGUUGAUCGCGUACGUAACCAAGGGACUGCUCAACGAGCAAUGCACUGUGAGCCUCAGUCUCGUCGAAGUCUACGGCGAUGUCGCCACCGACGUGCUGCAUGGCAAACCACAUGCCUUUCGGCCUCAAUUCCAUCGAUUGAUCGGAGGCUACGGCCCGGACGUCACGCGCAUCGAGCUUACAGACGCAACUAUGCUGAAGCAGGUGUUGCGGUUAGCCGUUCGCGCCAUGGCCAUCGAUGCAAUUGCGUCCAACAAAACAACGACCAAGUCUAGUCGCGUUGUGACGUUGCACGUGGUCUCGAUGGGCGGCGCAUGCUGGUCACGGGUGGACUUUGUGGACAUUGCAGCCUCCGCCAACACCCGCAGCCCCCUCGGGGCGUCAGACGUGGGGUUCCGACUUGAGCAGGGACCGACGACCUUUGCCGAGUGCGUGAAGCUCUUGGCGGACGAUCUGCCAUUGGACAAAGUUCCGUUGCAAGCGUCGUCGUCGUUGGUGACGAUGCUGAGCCACACACUUGGCGGGCGAUGCAAGACGUUUGUGAUUGCGCAUGUCAUCCAAUCUGCCCUUCACAACGAAGAGAACCUCGUAACACUUCGACUCGCCAUGUUGCUCCGAGGCAUAAACAAUCCAGUGGCGCCCAAUGCAUUGGGCCCGACCGCAAUCGUCACACAGCUUGAAGGUGACUUGCAAGGACUGCGAGAUCACUUGGAGCAGGUGAAGCGACAAUUGAAUCGCGAGUCCAAGUCAUUGCACCACGACAGCCUCGAGCUGGACCACCAGCACACACGUGCAACCAUCAAGAACCUCGAAUCCCUCGUCCAUACCUUUCAGAAACCCGCCCUGGAACGAACUGACGACUGGCUCAAGUUCAAACGACGCGUCGACAACGACGAAACGAAACUGGGCACAAAGGUUCUGGCGUGGGAUCGCACGGUGCAUCAUAUUCACCUGGUCCGGCUACACGACGACCGCCUCUUCAGCGGUAUGAUUGGAUACCACGUGGCCGCCUCCGACAGCAAGAUGAGUCGGGACAAGGGCGCCGACGUCGUUCUCUUCGGAGGGGGCGCUGGGGCUGCCAGUUGCGAGCUACAAGUACCGGAACCAGGAACCGUUGAAUUCAUGGUGGCCAUGCCUGGGACGACAUGCUUGAUCAAUGGGCUGCCACUUACUGUGGGGGCAGCACCGCGCCCGCUAGCUCAUGGGGAUACUCUAACUUGCGGGCGUCGCAACGUCUUUCGCGUCGUCAACCCCAACGCGCCAAGCCAAGAGGAUGACCAUGAUAACCAGCACGUCCGAAGUAACAGCCGGAAAGACUGGCUAGAUCGCGGGGCUGUCCUUCAGUCGUACCGGCAUCCACUAGCGGCUGGUUUGACCCACGAAGACGCCCAGCGCCGCUGCCACGUUGCCCUAGCGUCCAUCCUCGAGAGAAUUGCCUCCAUCCGUACCAUGUUUGCGCAGAGCGUGGUGGAUCUAGACGACGAAUCGGAUGUGCAUGAUGUGAUUCUUCAGCGAGGCGCCGCCCCUCCGCCCAAAUACAUGGCCACCCACGUCCGCCCCGAAACCAUUCGGCGGUUAUCCGCGGCGGCCAUCGCGGAAAUGAACGUGUUGGAGUCACGAAUCUACUCUCGAAAUACGAUGAAACUCCUGGAUGCAGUUGACGAGUUUGAUGCAAUGUGCCACGAGAUGGACACCCCCUUGACUGUGCAUGCAGUCCCCAUGGUCAACCACGCUGUGACCACAAACGACGACGAUCCCCUGGAUCGGAUGCAGCUGUCGACGGACGUUUGGGUCGUGCUGGAAAACCCGUCGAAUGGUCGGGAGCGGUUGAUUCUACGCCCGGCCGAGUUUGAACUUCGACUCGCGGUUUUACGCACGCUGUUCCACAUUCAACCUCCCAUUGCUGGGACCAAUCAUGGAGCCUCCCCUUCAUCCCCCCAGAUGCCCCCAAGUGGAGGGGGCAGUGCCGAUGGGAACCCCCUGCAGCUGGCGUCGUGCGAAGAGCGCAUUGGCGUGGCCAGGGUUCACUUGGGCAAGUUGGCCUACUACUUUGAUGUAGAGGACGCGUUGCCGAUUGUGUCGGACGCGGGCCAAGUGGUGGGGCAUUUGAUGGUUCAAAUCCAGCCCCACGUGGCGCAAAACGACAAGAGAACGACUCACCGGAAGGACGUCGUCAAGUAUGUGCACCGUGUAAAUCAUGACGUGGACAAAGAGGAAGAGCUACGGGAGGCGAUUGGCAUGGGUGUGACCGUGGCGUACCGCGUGAAUGUGCGGGGGGCCCGGGGGCUUCCCCCUCAACUCACCAGCAACGUCUUUGUCGAGUACGUGUUCUUUGAAGAUAGCACGGCACACGCGACAGCUCCAAGUGUGUGCAAGUCAAGACACCCUGUCAUUGAGCAAGCGUUCAUGCAUCCAGUGCAUGUCACCGAAGAGUUUUGCCAGUACGUGGCGACAGGAGCACUCGAGUUUCAGGUAUUUGGCUAUCGCGGCGAGCACGUGGUGACAGGCCCCCAGAAGAAACGAGACGAGAUGUACUGGAUGGAAAUGGAAGCCAAGUCGAUGCAGUCAGUGGCCAAGAGCUUGCAGGAGAAGGUUCGAUCACUCGAAGCGAAACUUCACCAACAAGACGUCGAGCUCCGCAUUGAACGACGUAAAACCAACACCAUUCAAGCGAUUCCGAUCGACGGCGACGAAAGCUACCAGCAUGUGCCUCAAGAGGUUGUGGAGGAUAAAUCAAAUGGACAAGAGGUUGAGGCUAAGGACGUGGACGAUAUGGCGUGGCGAAGGCGGCGACAAUUUGACGUGAAAGUCGUUGGGGCGUUGGCCAAGGGGCUCAACGACAUUCGGUCUGGCGUGUGUCUUGUCAUGUGAUAUCAUGUGAUACAGUACUGAAAGGCUGAAUAAACUACAGUAUGGG